UCUAUCUCGCCGUCAAGUUUGACAAGACGUUCAUUUGAAAGCUAAUUCGCGCGUGAAUUGUCCACAUGUUUUUCUUAGCAAAACAAUUUCUAUUUUAGCGAAAAACGGUUUGAUUUUUGUCCAAUUACUUAAAUAAUUAUCUGUCGAUCUUUGAGACAGUAAAAGUUUGGUGUUGUGUGAUAUUUUAAUAAGAAUUUUGUGCUUUAAACUAUUUCGCAAUGUCGAAAGUUAAGUUGAAUUUGAUCGCGGCUGCCUGCGAAAAUAUGGGUAUUGGAACUAAUGGUACCCUGCCUUGGCGUUUAAAAAAGGAGAUGGCAUACUUCACAACUAUGACAACUCAAGUCUCAGACCCCACCAAAGUGAAUGCUGUCAUCAUGGGCCGUCGUACCUGGGAUUGUAUCCCUGAUAAAUACAGACCGUUAGACAACAGAAUCAAUAUAGUUAUGACACAUAAUGUGGAUAGUGUGAAGGAAAAUGUACCGGAAGGUGUGAUUGUAGUCCCGGGGUUAGAUGAGGCCAUCAGCUACAUAGAGAAGAGGCCAGAUAUAGAGGCAACUUGGGUUAUUGGCGGAUCUUCAAUAUACAAGGCGGCCAUGACUCACGAAAACUGCGGCAAGAUCUACCUGACUGAGAUACAGAAAUCAUUUGAUUGUGACACCUUCUUCCCGAAUAUUGACAAACAGCAGUUCCAUCUCGUUGAUGAGGAGAAGAUACCUUCGGAGAAACAGGUGGAAGGAGAUAUUAGUUAUUAUUUCAGGGUUUAUAAGAGAUUGUAAGAGAGAGUAAGAGUGGAGAGUUGAGACCCUGGCCAAGUUUUGUAAUGCGUUGCUUGGUAACAAGAUAAACAUUCCUAUUAGCUAAGUAGAUAAUGAUCCUCGAAUGCUUGUCCCGAGUCUGGAUGUCUUUGUGCUUUGGCUUGAUUGCCUGUGAACCGCCGUCGACGCUAUCGUCGUAAUUUGAGUAAAAAAAGAAAGCUAUUAUUUUUUAAAGAACAAGGCAUACAAUCGACUUUCAAUAAAAACUUGAUAAGAUUCACAUUAUUUUAAUGAAAAAAGAAUCAACAAAAUCGGUUCAUCAGGAUAGUAGUUCCGAGAUAAAUUGUCUUUUUGAUGUCGGUUUAAAAACAAAGGAUUUGCGUCCGUUGUGGCCGACAGUUUACUCAGUGUCGAUCUAAUACAGCUGUAGAAUGAGUGGAAUCUCUUUAAUGAAUACUAUGUAAGGCCUAUGCAUUGUGUAUUUAACUGUUUACACCCAUAGAAUGAUUGUAAUUUAGGCUCUAGACAGACGGAUCUCAUUUAAACUGCAAUUCAACAUAAAAUUGCACUAUGAAUACAAUUCAAUUGCAGUCAGUAUGGAAACGGACUGCAUGUUUGGUUUGCAGUUCUACUGCAGUUGUGUUAACUGCACUGUAACAGCAAUUUGCAGUUGGAUUUGCAGAUGAAAUAUUGUCCAUCUGUCUAGAGCCUUAUAUGGUAGGUAUACACCUAUAAUUGUAAUGUUUAUAUGAACAAAGUAGUUUAUAUUAUAUUUUUUAAGGAAAGAAAAAUGUUACAAGUUCAGUACAAAAGAAAGUUUAAUAAAUUGAAAUUUUUACCUAAAAGAGCAAGUUAUAAUAAAAAUCUAGCAUGUUCUGAAUAUUCCAAAGAUUUUUAAAUGAAUUGAUCUGUUUAUAAUUGAUAGGUGUAUAAUGCAAUUAAAAUGAAACCUUUCAAUGACAUAUUGCUGAAUAAACAAAAAAAUAUAGAUGUGCUUGAGAGCAUGUUUAUGAUAAUUAUAAUCGUCGUUAAUUUAUGAAUAUCUUAUUCUAUUCGCAUGAGCUUACAUUUUAAAGAAUUAAUGUCUAUUUUAAAGUGCUUCCUAAUUUGUAAACUUAAAAUUUUGGAAAUGUUUAUAUUAAUUAAAUGCGUCAUUGUUGUACAAUUUGUUUUUAUUUAUUAAUCAACUGUGUAAGCAAUACCGUUUAGGAAUCCUAAAGUUCUGUCUAGCCAGCAUAGCCCUUUAUUUGAAUUAAUAUGUGCGGCUAAAUCCAGAUCACUCCGUCUUCCAAAUAUGCCUAACUGUUAUUCAUUAUUCAGGCACCAAAUUUUUCAUGUUUUUUUGUACCGUAACCCAAAAAUGAACUUUUAAUACAAAAUACGUCUCAAUCCACAGGCACUCUCAAUACACAGGCCACAGAGUGACCUACAAAGAAAUUUAUUCUAUUCCAUUUUUUGCCCAACUCAAUUCACUAAGGAAGGGGGCCUUGAUAGAUAUUAGCAAAUAAUCUGACUGACCGUAAUUAUCGAAUUGACUUGCCAACCACUGGCUCUAACUCGCUUUUUCAUCCAACCUUAUAAUAAAAUUUACUUACUUAAACAUUAAAGGAGCGGGGUCUGUACUACAAAUAAAAAAACAACUGAUUAUUAUUAACUUUAAUUGUUUAUCAAUUAAUACAAUAAGACUUACAAUUAAAACUACGUACGGCGUGUCUCACGAACAAAAUCUUAUGUGGGAGGGUGGAUAUGAAGAAUACUGAAAGAAAAUGAGACGAACGCCGU